AUGGCCGAUGCGACCCCCGGCGUCACCGCAGAUCUGCUGAGGAGCAAGCUCUUCGACCAGCUCCAGGCGCAACAUGUUGAGAUUGAAGAUUUGUCGGGUGGCUGUGGACAGGCUUUCCAGGCUGUAAUCGUCUCCCCGCAGUUCGAGAAGAAGAACAUGCUGGCUCGUCAUCGCUUGGUGAACUCGGUUCUCAAGGCUGAGAUCGCUGCCAUCCAUGCUUGGACGCCUAAGUGUUACACUCCUGAGCAGUGGCAGGCUCUGCACCAGGGCUGA